CUUUCAUCAGCAUGCUACGUUUGAAAGGUUAACCUUUAAAUUACUUUCCCGCCUUUUUAAGUUGUGAUCUUGUUGGUAUUUUGUGCGUUUUAACUUUUAAACUAAUUGUUUAAAACAAUAUCCUUUACUAUGUCGUCGGAAAGUCAUGAAGGAAACUUGGAGGACAUGCUCCCUCUCUACUACAAACGAGUCUUUCCAUCCAAUUCUUUUAUAAAAUGGCUAAGUUAUGGUGAUAUGAAUUAUCUGAAGCGCCGCGAAUUCUCUUUUACUCUACUGGACGACAUCUAUAUCCGUUAUCUUUCAUUUGAUUCCUGUGAAUCAUUUGCCCAAAAAUUAUUCUCUCGCAAGCCAAUAAAGAUUGACAUUGGUGCUGUGUAUAACAGAGAACCUGUGUCCAACAAGCUGACUUCAGUACCUUUGAUCCCACAAGAGAAAGAAUUGGUUUUUGAUAUUGAUAUGACUGAUUAUGAUGAGGUGAGAACUUGUUGUUCAGGCACAGCUGUGUGCAAUAAAUGCUGGAAGUUUAUGAAAAUUGCCACCAAAGUUCUUGAUGUAGCUUUGCGGGAAGAUUUUGGCUUAAAAAAUAUUCUGUGGGUUUUCUCUGGUAGGAGAGGAAUACAUUGCUGGGUCUGUGAUAAGGAAGCACGGAUGUUUCCUGAUAAAGUACGCAGUUGCGUUGCCGAAUUUUUGAAUCUAAUCAAGGGUGGUCAAAACCAAGCAAAGAAAGUUAUUUUGUGGGGGAAUAAAAUCCAUUAUUCCGUUCAGCGGGCAGUAGAUAUCAUUAAACCCUACUUCAAAGAAAUUCUCAAAGAGCAAAACAUUCUAGGCACUGAUGAGAAGUUGCGAGAUUUUUUGAAAAUAAUCGACGUUGAUUCGAGGGAAAAAUACGAGAAGGCAAUGAUUGACGUGGAGGGAAGCGAGGCUCGUUGGUCAGCUUUUGUUGACACGCAUCGGAAUUUAACAAAACAAGGGUUAGCAAAGAAACAAACAAAUCUUGUGGAAGAGAUAAUGCUCCAAUUUACUUAUCCGCGAUUGGAUAUAAACGUCACCAAAGGCAUCAACCAUUUACUCAAGGCACCGUUUUGUAUUCACCCCAAGUCGGGCAAAGUCUCCAUACCGAUCAACCCGAAAUUGAUUGAUAAAUUUGAUCCGGAUUCGGUACCAACUUUGAGUUUGUUAAUCAAAGAAAUAAGCGAACACGAUUCGAAAACCAUUGAGCAAGAAAAGGAUGCCAUGAUUACCGGCGAACCGGAGGAUGAAAAAAAUAUCAUGGCCGCACUGACCACAAUGGCCGACUAUAAGAAAACAAGUCUCUUGAAACCUGUGCGCAUAUUCGAUGAAUUCAUUCGCGGAUUAGAAACAGCCCAGAAGCGUAACAACGAAUUGAUUAAAUUGGAUUUUUAACUGUUUUGGGGUUGCCUUCUGUAUUGCUAUUUAUUAAUUAUAGAAUAAAUUUAUUUCACACGUA